GGUCAGUCCUUGCACCCGGAAGUGGAAGGUCUUGUAUUUACGAAGAUUCAUCUCGACAUCGUCCCUUGGCCUCCCUGCCUGGGCAGAAUCAGAACACAUGCCUUCCCAGAGAACACUAGUGCCCGCGCGUCGCUUGACCUGUGGAAGGCCGGCAUAUAAAAGCACUCCCCGUGGCGUUAUCUCGAUAUGCAGAUCGACCGUCGCCCCCGUCAGACCUCGCCGCUUCAUUAGCGGCAAUGUUGACGCAAGGCGACAUUGCUGUCGCUUUGGUGCAGAAACAGGUCAUGGUCGUGCAAGGCGCGCGUACGCAUAACCUCCGAGAACGCUGGCUCGACGUGCACAUAUUCAGCCCCUUUGGCGACCGCCUGUUCCUGGCAUCCAACGUCGCCUCUGCUCGGAUAUUGUCAACCGACAUCCUUACCAUCUUUCCCUCUGACGACGCCGUCCAUCUACCGGCAGAUGGCACCCUCGAGCUACAUCCCAAGGCAUUCUCAGAAUUCGUGGAGCUGAGGGAUCGAAUGCAGAAGAAGUACGAGCAAUUGCUCAGGGAAUGGUUCAAAUGCUAGCCGCGACAACUUGCGGACCAACGCCGCUUCGUCUUCUACCCAAUCCUUAGCCUGAGAGUUACGCAAUAUUGUAUCCGUAGACAUCACCUUGUUGUAUUUCAUUCCUUCUGCUCCGACCCUGGCGGGCAUGUCAGAUUCAGUAUAUAUGCCUCGAGACACAUUCUUAGACUUAGG